AUGCCAUUGAUCAAGAGAGGAAAGACAUUUUCAGUUACUGAUGUUCUGGAAGCCAUUUUAAAUGGAGACAACAGUGAUUUUGAGAUAGAGUCAGAGAACAGCGAUAGUGAUGAAGAAGAUACAGCACAGCAUUCAGACAUUUCAGCUGACGAGGAAAGUGAAGAUGAAAAUGAAACAGAAAUUCAGACAGGACAGCAGACAGAAAGUCUCAGCAGUGACAGUGAGGAUGUGCCUUGUACAACACAGUGCAGGAAGAAUUCAGAGGGCAGAGAACUUCGCUGGCUUAAAAAAGAGUUUGUAAAUCCAGAAACAACUUUCACAGGUGCUGAUUUUGCAGCCUCCUCCAACUAUGAACUACAAACCCCACUGCAGUACUUCCAGAGAUUUGUGUCCCAGGAGAUGCUUUACAACGUGAUGGUCAAGAGCAAUGAAUACAGUCUCCAGAAACACGGGACAGUUGCUGACAUAUCUUUAAAGGAUUUAGAACAAAUGAUAGGCAUGUACUUGCAUAUGGGUAUAGUUCAGAUGCCUGGUGUCUGGGUUUACUGGGAAACUGACACACGGUAUGGCCCCAUAGCUGAUGUGAUGACUCGCAACCGUUUCCAGUGCUUGCUUUCGUCCAUCCACUUUGUGGACAAUCUCACUGUUACAGAUGAACAGAAGCAAGAUAAACUUUGGAAGAUUAGGCCAUGGUUGGAGUCAUUCAGGGAGAAGUGCCUACAGAUAGUGCCAGAGGAGCAUAACUCCAUUGAUGAGAUGAUGAUUCCUUUCAAGGGAAGGUUCAGUGGGAUCAGACAGUAUAUGCGUGGGAAACCACAUCCCUGGGGCUUCAAGAUCUGGGCAAGAACCGGAAUCUCUGGCAUGCUCUGUGACUUUGAUGUGUACCAAGGGAGUGUGCAGGGUAAGCCUGCUAGGUCUGAGCUUGGCAUUUCAGGAGAUACGGUCAUGAGGCUUGCAUCAACACUACCUACAGGGCAAAACUACAAGGUGUAUGCAGACAACUUUUUCACCUCUGUGCCUCUGCUUGUUAAACUGCUGGAGUGUGGCAUACACUUUGUUGGCACUGUUCGUCCUGGGCGUGUGCCAAACCUCAGGUUAGCAGAAGAGAAGGAGCUGAAAAAACAAGGAAGAGGAAGCUUUGACUUCAGAGUGUCACAAGAACACAACAUCUGUGCAGUGAGGUGGUAUGACAACCGGUCGGUCACACUUCUCUCCACUUUUGAUGGUCCAAACCCAGUUGACAAGGUUGCACGAUGGAACAAAUCCACCAAGUCCUUCACUGAAGUGAGAAGACCAUCAAUUGUGAAGACAUACAACAAAUUCAUGGGUGGGAUCGACUUGCUGGAUUCCUUCACUGCCAAGUACAAGUUCCACAUGAGGUCCAAACGGUGGUACAUGUACAUCUUUUGGCACACAAUCAUCAUUGCUGUGGUAAAUGCUUGGCUGCAAUACAAGCGCGACUGCAGGACCCUGCAGAUCCCUGUGAAGGAAGUGCUGAACAGGAGACGGUUCCAGGCACAGCUCUCUGCAUCUCUCAUCCAAACUCACACUAUAAAGAGAGGUAGACCUUCAAUGAAUGAGGAAAGAUCACAACUAAGUGUUAAAAAAAAGGUGUACAAUGCUCCCCCUCCUGAUGUCCGAAAGGACUGCAUUGGACACUUUCCUCAUAAAGAUCAAAAAAGAGGCCGGUGCAGAUGA